AUGGCCCUGGAGCUCUACAUGGACCUGCUGUCAGCACCCUGCCGGGCCGUCUACAUCUUUUCAAAGAAGCACGACAUCCCAUUCACCUUUCAGUUUGUGGAUCUGCUGAAAGGUCACCCCUACAACAAGGAAUACAUUAAGAUCAACCCCCUCAGGAAGCUGCCCAGCCUCAAAGACGGGAAAUUUGUCUUAACUGAAAGGGCCAUCAUCCGUGGCCUCCACAGUGUCUCUGUCUCAUCACUCCCCAGUCACCCGCUCCCUUCUUCCAGCUGCACCCACCUGCUCUCCUUUCUUCAAAUUCACCUUGCUAGCCUUACCCUGACAGCUCUGGUGAAGACCUUUCCCUGGAAGCCCCAGCAGUUGGGCCCAGGUCACACCAAGGUGGUUGGGGUAGGGGCACUUGGGAAGGCAAGGGCAGUGCCCCUGACUGGCCCCUUCUGCAGCGUGGCCAUCCUCUACUACCUGUGUCGCAAGUACAGUGCACCGUCACACUGGUACCCACCGGACCUGCACAUACGUGCCUGUGUGGACGAGUUCAUGGCUUGGCAACAUGCGGCCUUUCAGCUGCCCAUGAAGAGGAUAGUUUGGCUGAAGUUGCUGAUCCCAAAGAUAACAGGGGAGGAAGUUUCAGCUGAGAAGAUCGAUCACGCAGUGGCGGAGGUGAAGAACAGCCUGCAGCUCUUCGAAAAGAAGUUUCUUCAGGACAAGCUGUUCAUCACUGGGGACCAAAUCUCACUGGCUGACUUGGUGGCCGUGGUGGAGAUGAUGCAGCCCAUGGCGGCCAACUAUAAUGCCUUCCUCAACAGCUCUAAGCUAGCUGAGUGGCUCAUGCGGGUGGAGCUGAGUAUCGGCUCUGGCCUCUUUAGGGAGGCUCACAAUCGACUAAUGCAGCUGGCUGACUGGGACUUUUCAACAUUGGAUCCAUUGGUCAAGGAGAAAAUCUGUGAGUUUCAGGAGAAGUACUUGUGACCCUAGACUCAGCUGGUCCUGCAGGGCCUGGCUGGCUCAGCUCUCUGAGCCAUGUUCCUUAAAGGAAAUGCUAAAACAAACAAACAAACAAACUUUUCUUUGCCUAAUAAAGAACUGGAACAACCAUCACAGCUGCUGAGUAACAGACAGUUGGCGCAUGUGUUGGGUCUGAUGUGGGAGUGGGUGGUGGUCACAGAUCCUUCCAGUUUCCCAAAAGAAUUUUAAGAGUAAAGGGUUAAAUAUAGUUACGUUGUCAGUAAUAAUAGUUGGUGACUUCAAAACCCCACUUUCAUUAAUAGAAAAACUACAGAAGAUCAUCAAGGAAAUAGAGGACUUGAAAAACACUAUAAACCA